AUGAACGAGUCCGGAAAAAUACCAGGUUAUAUGGCCCAAUUACUUGAAGAACUUGGAUGGAAUCAAGGAACAAGAAUUCCUUUGGCUGACCCUGAUAACAGUAAUUUAGAAACACUUUUAUUAGCUAGGCAAAAUGAAAUACAAAGUUUGAAAGAAGCACUUACUUUACAGCUUCAAAAGCGCUACGACCUUAAUAAAUAUAAGGAGCAUGUACAUACUGAAUAUCAAGAGAAUACACGUCUUCUAUUUGCUCAGAAACAGCAAUUAGAACAAGAAAUAAAGUUAAGUCAACUGUCCAAAAAUGAAGCUGAUCGUCUUGACAAAGAUGUGGUUGACUCUAACAAACAGAGCAGUGCUGCUGCAAAUAGGAUUGACAGAUUACAAACCAGUAUAGCGCGUCUCUUGAAAAAGGCGGACACGUUAAAGAGUGAAGUAUGCGGCGAGCGAGGUGCGUUACAGGAAUGGCGCGCCGCGCUGGAAAGAAGCGCUAACGACAUUACCACAAUUGAGCAGUUUACUAAACAGGACUUGUCUAAGGCAAAAGCGUUGGAAAUAAAAAGACAAAAACUGAAGCAGGAACACGAUCGAAUUAGUGAUCGCCUCAACCAGCUUGUGUCUAACUUAAGCGCGGAGGAGCGGGCCUGCGAGAGAAUCUCUGCUCAGGUGAUUGAGGGCAUGGAGCAAAGAAAGCAGAUGAUGGCCAUGUGGACCAGUACUGUCGAGAACUUAAGACAACGUGACACCGACAUCAGACAUAUAAAAGAGGACUACGCAGUGCUGGAAACGGAGGCGAACAACUUAUCAGAGCAGUGCCGGGAGCAGCAGGCAUUUUGUGAUCAACAGCGCGGGAACAAUGCCGAGGCCACGAGAGAGAACAUCGCCCUGGCUCAGCAGCUUAGCUUCAUACGUUUCCAGCACCAACAGACCACCGAGGAAAACCUCACCUUAGACAGCGAGGCACAAAGUUUGCAUCGCGUGAUGAGUAACAUGCGUAUUUCUCUUGAAAAAAUUCGUAUGGAAAAUCGUGAAAUUUUUGACGAGCAGCGUCGAAGAGAUGCCGCACUGAAAAAUCUUGCCGAUAAGAUCAAGGAAUUAAAGGCAAAGUUAUUAGAGUCUACCGACAAAAUUAAAUGUUCCGAAAAAAGAGCAAAGGAGCUGGAGGACAUGUUGAAUGAGGAAGAACGUUACGCAAGCCAACUCACACAAAACCUACAGAAAGCAAUGCACUGUUCAUUUGUAGAGAAUCAGAAGCUUUUAGAGCUGAAAAACGAGGAGAAACUGUUUAAUAUGCAACUAAAAGCUUCAAAAGCCGUAAUGAACAAACUGGAUACUAAGCAGCGCAACAUAGAACGUAAUCUUCAAACACUGAAGGAAUCACUCUAUGCUAUCUGUUACCAAGUGGAAACCAUUGGAUCUCGCGUUACACAUAUGGAAGGCGCCCAAGCUGAGAGAGACUGCUCCGCGGAACUUUCUGAACGAGAGAAUAGAUUGAAAGACGUAUGCGCCCGCCACGCGGCCCGCGUUGCCUUGCUGGAGCGGCACGCGUCGCGUCUGCACGACGACAUGCGCCGACUUACCAGAGAGCUCGAGGCUAAGAGUGCCGAACACGCCAAUCUGCAAAGUCGUCUCAAAACAUCGAUGCUCAAUGUAACUGGCGGUGAUAAGGAGGUGGUGUCGAUGCGCGAGGAAUGGCGGAGGCUGCGAGUGGAGGAGGCGUUGAUGCGGCUCCGAGUUGCGCACGCGUCGCGAGCACUCGCCGGCCUCGACCGCACCGCCUACACGCUCGACGAGCGACGACUGCAACUCGACGCGGCAAUGAAAGAGCGGCUGGUAGAGAUCGCCGCGCGACGUGACAUGUUCAGCGUGCAGAAGCGCGCGUUGCUUGAUGACUGCGGGAAGUUGCGAAGUGAAAUACGCGAACGAGAACAACGCGUACAGCAACUUGUCAAAAGGCACGACAUUUUUAUUGCUUCACUGGGAAAGGACGAUUCCGGCGAACAGCUUAGCGUCACGUUUUUCAAGAUAAAGUUCGCGGGCGAGCGCGCAGAGCUGCGCGAGCGCGGCGCGCAGCUGGACGCGGAGAUAGAGCGGCGCGAGCGCGACGUGAGCGCGCUGGAAGCCACGCUGCGGGUUGUGCACGCCGCGCACGAACACUUCCUGCGACGGACCGCGCCCCUACACGACGAUGCUCCAGAAAUGACGGAAAUCAAUGAAUUAACAAAUCAAUUCUACGAAAAGCGUGACGAACUCAAGCAACUGCAUAUGAAGAUCGCGAAGCUUGAAGAGAAAGUAUCGGACGCCAGCUCGCAGCUUAUAAUGAUUGGUGAUAAGUACAAGCAACUCACUGCUAGGGAAGCUGAAGCCGAGACCGAGAUGGAGAGUUUGCGCGAUCGAAUGCAACGUCAGGAGAAUCGGUUGCAAAACGCACAUGACGUCAUCAACCAGAAUCUGCGACGCGCUAAGAAGCUUUUUGAUGAUAUUGACGACUGGCGUAUAUUUAAGAUGUCGCUGUGCGUGCGCGACUACGCGGAGGCGGCGCACGGCGCGCUGCAGGCGCUGCGCGAGGCGUGCGGCGGCGCGGGCGCGGCCGACGCGGCGCCGCGCCUGGCCGCGCUGCUGUGCGCCGCGCGCGUGCAGCGCCUCCUGCCGCCGCACCACCGCCGCCUGCACGCCUUCAUAAACAAGAUCAUAUCAAGCACAUCCACAACUUCACUUCAGGAGUUGCCCGCAGAUGUAGAUGAAUCAGUAUUCUCAUCCUCGUGUGAAUCUUCGAGGAGUGGCCUAAGCAUGGCCAGCGGAUACACAAAACGACUCAGUGCCUUCCGUAAGACGCUGGCACACAAAGUGCAGGAGCCGAGUAUUAUGCAAGAAAUUCCUGAACAAGCACGCCGGUCGACUGUGUCGUUGCGUGUGGUUACACUGGGGAUGGAAGAGUCUUUGCCUACUUUGACUUCGGAGACGAGCGCGAGGAAGUCACGCAAGUUUUUUCGCUAA